AUGGUUGAUGGUGUGUUGUGCACAGUUCAAUUUACUAUUAUGAUAUGUGUGCUUUUCGUGUUGACGGUAGCUACAGCUACCAAUCUGCAGAAUGAUCCAGCCGGUCAGCAGAUUGUCAUGUUCAAACAGAGGACUCAGAGUCCAGUCGGCGUCAUGACAACGAGUGCCGGAGCACCAAUUGAUGUGGUGGAGGCAAGAGUAACACUGAAUUCACCCUUACUUUUUAAUGAGUACUUUAUGGAUUCCCUAACUCAUUUAGUAAGAGAGAGAAUUCCAGAGCGAUUAGUCCACGCUAAAGCAGCAGGUGGGUUUGGCUAUUUUGAAGUAACCCACGAUAUUUCCGACAUUUGCAAAGCAAAAUUCCUUAGCUCCAUUGGUAAACGGACUCCAGUAGCAGCUAGGUUUUCUCCUGUUGUGGUCGAAAGAGGAGGCAUUGAUACUUCACGAGAUGCUAGAGGAUUCGCUAUUAAAUUUUACACUGAGGAAGGCAACUUUGAUAUCGUUGGCUUCAAUACACCUAUGUAUGUGUAUAAAGACCCACUGUUGUUUUCAACAUUCGUCAGAGCCCAGAAAAGAAAUCCAGCAACAAAUUUGAUGGACGGGAACAUGUUUUGGGACUUUUUAACUCUACAGCCGGAAAGUUUACACAUGUUUAUGUUAGUUUUCGGAGAUCGAGGUAUUCCCGAUGGUUACCGUCAUAUGCCUGGGUUUGCUAUACAUACGUUCGAGGUUGUCAAUGACUAUGGAGAAAAGACUUUCGUAAGAUUUCAUUUUCUACCGGAAGCUGGUAUUAAAAAUUUAGGUUCCGCUCAAGCCAGGAAAAUAGCAGCAGUCGAUCCUGAUUAUGCCAUUCGAGAUUUAUAUAAUGCUAUUGGCAACGGAAAUUAUCCAAAAUGGAGAGUUAGCAUCCAAGUGCUGACCUUGGAUGAUGUUAAAACUGCGGGAUUUGAUGUUUUCGACGUGACGAAAGUCUUGCCGCUAGAUAAGUACCCAUUGAGACCAUUAGGAUACUUUGUCUUAAAUAAGAAUCCUAUAAAUUAUUUCGCUGAAAUUGAACAAUUAGCAUUUAGUCCUUCUAACCUCGUACCUGGAAUUUUAGGAGGUCCCGACAAAGUUUACGAAUCAAGACGGCUGGCAUAUAGAGAUGCCCAGUACUACCGUUUAGGAUCAAAUUUCAAUAAUAUACCUGUAAAUUGCCCUAUUCAAGCUAAGACUUUUACCUAUAACCGAGACGGUAAACCACCUGUUAAGGAUAAUGAAAGAGAUACUCCCAAUUAUUAUCCAAAUAGUUUCAAUGGUCCAGUUCCUUAUAAAGAUAAACAUAGAGUGUCUAUAAUACAGAUAUAUCAGGAUGAACCAAAUAUUUUUGAACAAGCGAGAAACAUGUAUGAAAAUGAAAUGACUCCUGAUGAAAGAACUAGAUUGGUAGAGAAUAUUCUUUAUAGUUUGGGCAGUGUUACGUCAUUUAUUCAAGAUAGGGCUGUAAAAUUGUUUACUGUUAUUCAUCCUAAUUUAGGUAGUCGAAUAUCGGAAGGUUUGGCGGUAAACAGGACUACGAACAUUUAUGAUUGGAAUGAUCUCUGA